CAGGCGGCAGCAGAUUCCACUCCGCGCUGAAACGCGAAUAAAAAAUAAUAAAGCAAGAAAAGUGUGGAAAAACUUCCAACACUGGCGAUGCGUGGAGCUGGAGUGAGGACGGGAGCCCUCGCUGUGGACGGACUUGUUCAGAUGGAUUAAAUUAACUAUAAAUGAUGGCGAGAAGAGGACGGUGCAGACGAUGGAGCGCUGCCAUCUUUCUUCUCCUCAUGUGCGCUAACAUCUCUGAGUCUUCACCGGCAUCUACACCAAAACCAGAUUUAGAAGAAAAACAAUGUCCAGCUGAUUACUUCCUCAAUGAAAAGGGAACAUGUUGCAACAGAUGUCAUGCAGGGUUUAAACUUAAAUCUGAGUGUGAAGGUGAAGGUCAGAAGAGUGUCUGUGAGAAGUGUCCUGAGAAUCAGUACAACGACCAGAUCAACCACGCUUCAACCUGCAGAAGAUGCAGAACCUGCAAACAUUCAAGAAAUGAACGCGAGAUAUCGUCUUGUAAUGCAACGCAAAACGCUGUUUGCGGCUGUAUUGGUGGUUACUACAAACAUCACAUCGACUCAGAAACUUUUGAGUGUCUCAAAUGUACAACGUGUCGAGAAAAUGAAACGAAAAAACAGAAUUGCACACAUGAAGGAGACGCUGUGUGUGACUGCAAGGAGAACUACCACAGAGUCAAGAACAAGUGUGAACCCUGCAGGAAUUGUACCCCGGACUGCGCCCAACACUGCGAAAAUAUUCAACCAAAGGUGUCAGUAGGUGAGCACAAAGCAGCCCAGGCUUCACAUGAAACAGUCAGCACACUCAUUACUACAUGA